AUGGCCAGCAGCAGCAGCGCGGAAGACACCGAGAUCCUCGUCCACAUCACCGCACCCAGCCGCGCAGCCGAUGAUGUCGUCUACCGCCAGCUCGCACGGGCAUAUCUCGCCUUCCAGCCGCAAACACGGACGGCGCUUCCGUCAACGGAGUCGUGGGUGAAUGCGCAAGCGCGCGUUACACAGCAGGAGCAGCCCCAGGCUCCCGCAAUGCCGUUACCCAGCGAGGGCAUAGCUGCCGCAUCGUUUGGGCAAUCCUUUGAGAUCGGGUCCCAGGAUUUGAGCUUUGAAGGUGCUUUGGAUAAUCGCUCAUCACCUUGCAUACGGUACACGGCGCCAGCUGAGAAAGGGGUCAUCAUGUCGUCUCAGGGGACUGGAAGUGGUUCUCUCAAGUCCUGGUACGCACCACCCAGUCAAAUUAGUGACUCGUACCCCAUGCCAGAUACCGGGCUGCUGAGCGUUUCGCCUUCCCGUGUGCUACAGCGUUAUAUUGGUCGGGCUGGGUCGCCACAGGCCUCGCCGACGCCUCCAUCUCCGACUACUCGGAAAAAUCUCCCUCUCCCGUCAGGCUCAGAUAAGGUUGACGUGCCGUCCUCUUUGCCGAUCCCUUCGCAAGACGAACCGUUACCAUUUGAGCAGCCCAGAUAUCUAAAGCGCAAUACUAUAAUUCCAAGGACACCGCAAGUGCCAAAGGCAGCUGAGGCGCCAGGGGCUUCAGACAACACUGAGAAUGCGCUUCUUGGGGAUUUGGGCCCUGACAUCACCCACAUAUCAAGCAGCAUGGUCAGUUCUCGGUCGCCAGUUGCAUCACCCCGUGCUGGCUCAGAACCUCCGCCAGCCAAACGACCCAGGGUGAACCACCCACAGCAUGGCGAUCUAGUCCGAAGCUCGAGCGACACAGUACCGACGCUGUUAGCCAGGGGGUCUCAGGUGGAACAGCUCAGCAACAGCCUCGAGAUACGGCCGCCCUCUCCUCCCGUUGGGGUAGAUGAUGUGGACCCUUCCGAUCUGAUCUCAGCGAAGCUCGCCAAACUAGCCCGAGAUUUGUCGUCUCGAUAUCGUCCAGACCCCAAACGGGCUGUAGACCCCUUCGAACGGGGAUACUGGCUGCUUGACUGCACAGACUGGAGUGCUGAGAUCCGUUUCGAGACAUGGGGGUUUCUGAGCAAUUACCUGCGUAGUGGUCUAGCAGGCUGGGGUACAUGGUGCCGUCGAGACAAGAGCCAUGACUGGAUUCGCCUGUAUUGUUGGGGGCACGUUGCGAAGCACACAUAUCUUCUCCUAUACUUGGCUAGUGGGAGGCAGCUCAAGACGACGGGGGCGAGCUGGUAUGGCGCAGACGGGCAACUGGCCAUCGAGGUUCCGCCAUACGAGAAGCUGGCCUGA